GAUCUAGAAACCAUGCAAAUGCUCGGGCGCGCCGGCAGACCACAGUUCGAUGAUAGUGCUACAGCUGUAAUAAUGACAAGACAAGCACGCGAAGCUCACUAUGAGAGGCUUGUGUCUGGCUCCGAGAGCCUUGAAAGCUGCUUCCAUUUGAAUCUUACUGAUCAUCUAAAUGCAGAGAUCGGGCUUGGAAACAUCACAGACAUUGAAUCUGCUAUCAGAUGGCUUGCUGGUACUUUCUUCUUCGUGAGGAUGAGAAGAAAUCCGACAUAUUAUCGACUGAAAGAGGACGCUGAUAGGGAGGAUGAGGAAGAGAUGCUCCGGCAGAUAUGUCAGAAAGAUAUCAAGCUUCUCCAGGAUUGUGGACUGGUCUCCGCCGAUUGUCUCAAAUCCACCAAGUUUGGUGAUGCCAUGGCGCGAUACUAUGUGCGCUUUGAGACGAUGAAGACCUUGCUUACUUUAAAGCCUCACUCAACCGUAUCCCAAAUUCUGUCGGUAAUUUCGAGAGCAGACGAAUUCCGUGAGAUACGCCUCAAGGCUGGCGAGAAGUCCCUAUACAAAGAGAUCAAUCGCUCCAACGCAAUUCGGUUUCCAGUAAACGUGGAUAUCGCAAUAUCCGCACAUAAGAUCUCGCUAUUGAUCCAGUCCGAAUUAGGUGCUGUUGAUUUGCCAGAUGGCGAACCAUUCCAAAAGCACAGGUUCACUUUUAAACAGGACAAAACAUUCGUCUUUUCUCACAUCAACAGGCUCAUCCGCUGUAUAAUAGACUGCCAAGUAGGUCUUGAAGACUCAAUCACUCUACGAAAUGCACUGGAGCUUGCAAGGAGCUUCGGGGCCAAAGUUUGGGAUGACUCCCCGCUCCAGAUGAAGCAGAUUGAGCAAAUUGGUGUGGUUGCUGUUCGAAAACUAGCGUCAUCAGGAAUCACUAGCAUUGAGACACUGGAGGCUUGUGAACCUCAUCAAAUUGAUAUGAUCUUGAGCAGAAAUCCUCCGUUCGGGAGGAAAUUGUUGGAGCGGCUUAUGGAUUUUCCCAAGCUUCGAGUGUCCGUCAAGAUGAUUGGCAAGGGAUCAAAGACUGGUACUGGUGUUCAGAUCAAUAUAAGAAGCGAAGUCGCCUUCAUGAACGAGAAAUGCCCGACAUACUUCCAACGACGCCCCGUUGCCUCUGGAACUAUGCGAUCCGCACAGCUGAGACAUGAUAUUCCCGCAAGCUUGUUUCCGUCUCAGCGAGAGUCUCCGUCCGAUUCAGUGUCGGCGAGGCCCAAAUCUAACAUCUCUCGCCGACGCAGUAAUGACACGUCCCAGACCAAAUUCAUUGCCCGAAAUAUCGACCUUUGGGACAGUGACGAUCUGUUCUUCGGGGACUUCCUAGAUAAUGACCAAGCCGAGAAGUGGUCUUUCGUCGACAAAUUGCCAGAACCGCCAGUAGACAAAGUACAAUAUCUAAGAAAUACGAGCGAGGACCCAAUUGAAAGCAACCAUCAAACAGUUGAAGCAGCAGAGGCUGUCAGACUUGACAACGGUCGAUGGGCUUGCAACCAUCGGUGCAAAGAUAAGACAAGAUGUAAGCAUUUUUGCUGUCGAGAUGGACUCGAGAAGCCACCCAAAGCAAACAAGAAGCGAUCUGGCGACGAUGACAAGGACAAGGGUAAGAAGACAAGGGAACUCAAUCAGAAAACCCUUCCAGCAACAAUAGCCAAGAAGGAGACUACCACCCAAGCGAGUAACCCUUCUAAUUCCGAAGCAUACAGACACCGAAUAGAAAGCCCAGUUUCAACACACAAGGCAUCCUCAGGCAACACAGAGACUAACAACAACAACAAUAAGCCAGAAAUUGGCUCCAGCUGUCCAGCCCCAAAGAACUUACUUGAAUCCUCAAGUGACUACGGAAACGACAGCUUCAGCGACUUCCCUUCACCGUCCGCCCUGCUGCUCGGAAAGCCCCUAGUAGCAACAUCAUCGAAAGACCAGAAUCUUGCACCCCCAACUACCGAAGACAACAUGAAGAUAGACAUGACUACAGAAGACUGGAGUGAUAAUGAUGGAUGGCACAAUUAUCAAUUGCCACCAGUGGUGGAUAUGGUUUCCACACCUAAAGCCAGCCAGGAAAAGUCAAUUCAACCACCACAAGGCUCUGGUAAGGCUGAUAUUAUCAAUUCAACUGCCACGGAGAUCAAUGAGAUGAUUUCGAACGAACAGGAUGAUACACCUAACUGCCGUAAAGCCACUCCUGCUGAUUCCCAUGGGAAGAAACGGAAGGUUCUCUUGACUACGACUGCUGAAGACAAUAGAAAGAGGUGUAAGAGGAACAAAGACAUUGUAUCUACUCGUCCAAGCUCUUUCCAACCCAGUGGUACCACGGAUGAAGGAGCUGGGGUUCCCGCAAGUUGGGAGGAAAUUGACCCUGCUAUACUGCAUGAGUUCAAGGAUAUUAUCAAUUUGUUCUGA